CCCGCCAAUCACACCCCCCGGCUUGACGCGCGCCUGAAACCCUACGUGUCCGACUGCCCGCGUCGUCCGACGUCUGCGAGACCUCUUGAAUGCCUCUUACGCCGCAGCUUUCCUUUUCUCUCUUUCUUUCUCUCCUUCUCCUCUGUCCUUCUUCUCUGUCACCGUAGUAGACAUUGUAAUAAUUCUAGCAGUCAGAGUGCAGGCAUUCUGUUGGCUGUCUUUUCAUCUUCGAUUUUUUCCGUCUUUCCCUCUUUCGACCAUCUACUACAAACGAACGACCUUUGACGACACUCCCUGCUGCUUUGAAGAAGACCGUUGAACGGCAUUUCAUCUGCUUGCACUCGAACUCGAACCCAUACCCUCCCUCAUUUACACGUCCCUCAUUCCCGCCCUCAAUCAUGCCCAACAAGAUCCUCGUCUCCUUCCUCGCCAGCGAUGUCCUUUUCCUCCUCACCGGCGGCCUGCUCAUCGGCUUUGCCCUCAUGUCCGAAAAGGACCUCCGCGCAAAUCCAGACAUGGACUCGGUAGCACAGCAUCUGUUGCUGAAGCGGACGCCGCUGACGGCUGCUGUCGUGAACGCCAUAUUUAUCUUUAUCGCGUUUGCACUAAGUUUGCCGGGCUUCUUCAUACCCACUAACCGCGGCUGGUUCAAAGCCCAUGGCUGGAUGGUUACCCUCUGCGGCGUCUUCACGCUCGCGAUUGGCUCCGCCAUUUGGAUUGAGACGUUGCGUACCAGGAGCAUGCUGGGCUCGGUGUGGGCGAAGGAGUCGGAGGCUACCCAAAGUUUGUUGCAGGAGAAGUUCAAUUGCUGCGGCUACGACUCGCCCACCUCGCCACCAUUCAUUCAGGAUUCGACCUGCACGUCCACGCUCGUUGCCGCGCGUAAAGGCGGAUGCAUCGGCCCCUUUAGCAGCUUCGCGAACCAGUACUUGGACGUCAUUUUCACUGCCAUGUUUGGUGCUGUCGGUCUUGACGCCAUUGUUGUGCUGUGCGUGACAAUGGUACUCAAGGAUCGCCAGGAGCAGGCAAGGUACAGGCACAUCGACGAGAAGAACGGAAUGGACGGGAUCUAAGCUUUGAACUUUAUGCAAAUCUAUUUUGCGCUUCUGGGAGCCGCAGGAUUACCUCGAAAUCUCGAGAUAUUGGGCGGAGGCUUGCCAAGAACACAACUCAAUACGAAUCAAAUCUUGAUACAUGGCAUGACUUGAGCAGCACGUCGAAUCACUCAGGAUGAUACACAGAAUGACAGACACGCAAUCA